UCGAAAAUGUCAAUAAUUGGCGUUUCUGUCAAAUCUUUUCACCGGAGAAUCGAAAAACUUGAGAGUCGUAAUAUCUAAAAAUUCCAAAUUGUCAUUUGCAUUUCUCCUCGCACAUGAUUGGUCGGCAAUGCCACAGCAGACGUCUACUGUUUCACUAUCCUGUUGGCCUAUUGGCUACAACACAUGACAAUUGACAACCGCUGUCGUCAUACAGUUAGCAGAUAUCAGUAUUCAAGCAAUCAGCCAACUGACUGCUGAGCUGAUGACUCAGGCUCAUGCAAGACGCAUGCGCUCCAUUUAAAUAAGCGCCCUCUCGUUUGCAUAAUCAGAACGUCAAGUGAAAAUUCAAAAUACGACAGUCCGUUAUUAGAUAGAGAGAGAAGGAUCAGCUUGAGCGAGCGCGUCUUCAAAACACAACUCGUGCGGCCAAUCGUGCAAGUGACCAUUGCGUGUCAGUAUAUACAAGUGUGGAAACUCGUAGUGUUUAUUGUGCAUCCGAUUUUAAUUCGACAAGGAAACAGCGAUAAAUGACGGAUUUUCGCGAGCGUUACAAGCGUGUCGGCUUCGGCAGGGAGAACGCCGAAGUUAAUCGUGCGCUGAGAAGUCAACGACGCGACGAAGCCCGGCGAGAUCGUCGUGAUGAACAUCUCAGCAGUUUGCGUGGUGAUUUUUUCGCUGCAAAUGAAAAUAGCCACGAGCAUGACGAAGAAUUUUCAAUGCAAAGCUCUUCCAAAAAAAUCGAGAACCUUACAAAUUCUGAAAUGGAUGCAGAAGCCAAAAGAAAAGCUGAUGAAGAAAAAGGUGUUCAAAAGCGAUUGCAACAAUUAGAAAAGUGGAGAGAAGAAAGAAACCGUAGGAAGCAACAAGAAAAAAAGAAGGCUAAACCAGUAUUUAAAGUUGGAGUGGUUCAUCAUAAAGUUUAUUCACCCCCAACUAUUAAAGAUACUGAACCAAUGACAGGAAAAUUAUGUAAAUCACAUAAAUCAACGCUUUCUGAAGAGUCUCACCCUAAAAAAAUAACAAGAGCUACUGAAAAGCGAUUAGCUGUUAAGGCGAUUACUAAUCAACAAAAAGCAGAAAAUAAUCGACUUAAAAAAAAACAAGAGUUGAGUAAGAAAAACAUAAAACAAAAGAUUCCCAAAAAUCCAUUAAUUUCAAUAGACCACCAAUUUAAAGCACCCAAUGGUGUUACACCACUACCAGUAUUUGGUCGAUGUGCCUUAGAAAAAAAUAAAAAUAAUAAAUUGGAUUUUGUUACAAAUAGAUUAUCAUUUUCUGAUAUUGAAUUACCAAAUUCAUCAUUUAAUAUGACUCAAUCGAGUUUGACAUCAAGCAAUAUAACUUUUGGUUUUGGGAAAUCUAAGCGACGUUCAAACAUGAACGAAUUACCUUCAGCCAGCAAUUUUUUGGUUCCUGCAAAAGAUACUGCUGCUGACCAUGCUGAGAAUGAUUCAGAAUCAAAAGUUGAUUUUAGUAUGUUCAAAAUGAAAUCAUUUAAAGGAAGAAGAUCUUCAAGAGGUCAACCAUUAUUAGCAGCAAAUUCAAGAAAAUCAGAAAUUUCUGGUUUAUCAGAGAUAAAAGAACACAAAACUAGAAGAAAAUCAAAAGUGGAAACAACAUCCAUUGAUUUAAAUUUAACUAGAGAAAAUACAGCAAAUGGUUUAAAUUAUAAAGAAAUGGAAGAAAAUGAUACUAGAUCAAAUUUGAACAUUAAUUCAAAACAUGAUACACUUGAAACCAAUGAGAACUCAGAAGGAGUGCAUGAAGAUCAAAAAAUGGAAGACAUUCCAUCAAGUGAAAUCAAGAAUUUGUCGUCAUCAAAAUUGAAUGAAAGUGUACCUCGAAAUUCUAGUUUUGUUUUGAAAUUUGAAGAAAGUCCAGAUAAACCUUUAAGUAAAUCACCUGCAAAAAGAAAAUCAAUUAAAUCACCUCCAAAUGUUGAAAUAUCAGAGACAUCAUCGCCCAAAAAGAAAUUAAAAAAUAAAAGACAUUCAAUUGGCACAGUUUCAAAUACUGAAACUUCUACACUCAAUUAUUCACCAAAAACAAAUAAUGAAACUAUUAUUACUCCUAAAAAUAUCAUAAUUGAUAAUGUUCCGAAUCUUAUGGAUUUUACAUUUUCCGAUCCAGCCACUGGUUUUCGUCGGCCAACAACUAUUCCUAAUGAAUUGCAAAAUCAAUCUCUGAUGAAAUUUUCUCCUCGGCAAUCAGCACGACUUUCAAGAUUAAAAAGUUCACCCUCUCAAGUUAAAUCGUCUACAUCUGUUGAUUCACAUAAUGUGAUUCAAUCUCCAAAAGUUAUGAAUAAAUCGACAUCUUCCGAGCCAACGAUCGAGCAAUCACCAGAGAAGCUCAAAAUGAAGGACUUGCAUAAUUCAAGUUUAAAUAUUUCUUUACCUAAAGAUGAGACGCCUGAUAGACCACUUGCUUUUUUUUCACCCUACAUAGUGACUAGUAGAGGUAAAAGCAGCGUUCGAAAAGAAGUACAAAAAAAACGGUUCAGUCAAGGGUUACGCCAAGAAGAAAUCCCUACCAAAGAGACAGUUAUGCAAAAUUUAAACAUUUCAAUUGAAGAUGAAGAAAAAACAGCUCAAUAUUACAAAUUUAUUCUUGAUCGUGAAAUCGAACGUUUAAAUGAGCGGUGUGACACUUGGAAUACAAUCAAGGAAUCUGACGGCACACCAGAAGAUAUAGUCUAUCAAAUUCUAGCUGCUGUUGGACAAACACAACUGCUUAUUAGAAAAAAGUUCGAACGUUUCCGUAGACUGGUACUUGAUUGUGAAACUGGCAAAGGAGAGAUGUUAGUUACUUGCAAAGAUCUCCAAGGUUUUUGGGAAAUGAUGUAUAUGGAAAUUAAAGAUUGUGACAAUCGCUUUAAUCGACUUGAAGAUCUCAAAACGAAAAAUUGGGUUGAUGAAGAACAAGAAAGAUUAGAAAAAGAAAAAUUCACGAAAAAAAAACCAGCACCUAAAAAAACUGUAGUUAAAAAAAAGCCCAUAGCGGCUAAAAGUAACAUGAGAGCUCUUAUUUUAGCAGCAAGAAAAAAGAAAAUGGAAAGCAAUGAAAAUGGAGCUGAUAAUAUUGAAAUAAUGGAUAUUGCUACGAAACCAGCUGUUCCAAAACGUGCUUCUCCUAAAACUGCAACCCCAUCGAAAAUUGCACGUCGUAGUUUAUCAACCCCCGUAUCGGAAAAACGUCGCUCUUUACUUCAAAAAGUUCAAUUAUCUCAACAUCGGAAAGAAAUAACAACGAGUCCUCUAAUACAGAUGAAAAUAGCAAAAUUGUGUAAAACGCCUGAAGUGCAAAGAGAUGAAUCUAUUAUUUACAUAAAUUCCGAUCGCACUCCUGCUAAAGGUAUACUCAAGAGCAAUAUAAAUGAUGGAAACAAGUCAAUCAAACAAAAUAAGGUAAUCUUUAAAGAAGCACCUGUAGAAUUUCCAGAAUUUGAUAAACUUUCUGAUGUUGGAAAUGAUGAUUACAUGGAUAUCGAACCAAUUGAAAGAAAACUCAAUUUCGAAGAUGACAGCUUUAAUUCAUCAUUUGUUGAUAAUGACGAAAAAGAACUUGAAAGGAAAAGCCCAACAAUUUCUGAGGAUACAUCGAAAUCAUCACUUCAAUCGAAAAAGUCAUCAAAUACUCCUGGUACGCGUAAAAGUUCGAAAUUAAAAGUAAUAAAAUCUCAAAGUAGUCCUAUGCUUUCCAUGUCACCAUUGAGUUUAGAAGAUUCUCGGACGGAAAAAGCAGUUAAACAUUCGAGUUCAAAAAAGAAACACAUUUCGUUUCAAUGUUUGGAUAAGAACUAUGAUGAAUCUCCGAAAAGUGGUAAACUUUCUACUCUUGGUACACCUAAACCAAAGAAAAAAAUCCAGAUUGAGAAUGAUACAAUGGAAGUUGAUGACAAUGUACCUAAUUCUCAUUGUGACUCAACAUUGACUGAUGUAGAGGCAAACACAGUGACAGAAUUUUACAUGAACGAAAAAGGUAUGAUUUGUGAAAGGAAAGUACCAGUCAAAAGUGAUACUCCAAGAACAAAUAAAUUAAAGAGGAGUAAUUCAGAAAAAGUCCAAAAAACUGCAAAUAGUACGACCCCUUUAAACAUCUCACGAUUGCGACGAAGAACUUCUACUCUGGAAGUAAACAAAAAUUCUCCAUCGACUUCAGCUACACCUAACAAAACCAGGAAAUCGAUUGCGACUCCAUCUCCACGUCGACCAAGCAAAAAAAAAAUAUCUGAAGAAGUGGAUGCUGCUUUGGUAGAUAAUUCAGAUUCGACACCAGAGGUGGUAAGUUCACCAAAGAUUCGCAAAAAUUUGAGAGUGAAGAAAAGUGUUACGGGCUUGGACGAGAUGGACAAACCAACCAAUGCCAGUAAAUUGAGGAGAACAAAAUCACUCGUAGUGAAGAGCAAGACUGAUGUAGAUGUUACUGAAAAACCAUUAACAUCGAAAAUAAAACGGACCGGUUCCCUACGGGCCAAAUCAUCCGUUAUUUUAGAUGGUGUUACGAAAAUAUCUUCUCCCAGUACAGGCAGCCAAUUUUCUAAAAUAAUGCAAGAAAACGUGGAACCAAAUACACAAAAGCCUGAAUCAACAAAUAGAAGUUUAAAAAUACUGAGAACUCCAAUCUUGAAACGAAACAAGUCAAAUGCUAAGGAUGAGCUAGGAGAUGGAAGUACAUUUAUUUCUAAUUCAUUGACACCAAGCAGCCAACGCAAAAGUUUAAGGACGAGAGUCAAGCAAGAUGCCGAAAAAUGAAAAUACUAAAUAUUUGUUAAAACUAAACUUUUCUAAUUAGAAAAGAAAAUGAGCAUGAAAUCAACUGAAAAACUUGAGUUAUUUUUUAUUUGUCACAAUGAAAAAAAAAAAAAAAAAUUGGUGCCACAAGAAUUAUAUUAUGAUAUAAUUUGAAUCAAUUGUAAGAACCCUAAAAAGUUGAUGUCAUGAUCUUUAACAAUUAGGUUGGAAAUUUUAAUAAUUUUACAGUUUUUGAUAUAUUGCAUAAUUUAUGGUAUAAAUCGAUAUUUUAUAAAAUAUAUGAUUAGAAGUUGUAAGAAAUACUUGUUUUGAAACUAUUUUUAUAAGUACAAUAAAUUUACAAUAAAAAUAA